AUGAAGACACAGUUGGAACUCACCAGCACCCAUAUCCUCUUCGCCUUCCUGUCCACAGCUGCAGUCUUCGCGCCGGUCGCCGCGCGCGCAUCGCCCACAUCCCCACCGCCAUCCUACUACCCAUGCGACGGUCGCGGAAGCCUAUCGUGCUGUGAGACCAUCGAGUCGGCAUGGUUCGCGUCAAAGCAGUUGUCCAGAAUGGAGAUCUUCGUGCGGGACCCGUCGGUCCCAGUAGGCUGGUCGUGUCGACCGUUCAGCGCGUCGGAUAUGCUUGGAGGGUACGGCUGGCGAGGUGCUCGCGAUUGGAUGCACCCCAGCCUUUCCCUCAGCUCCUCCGCAGCUCGUGGUACAAACCACACCUUUUCUAUGACACCUUGCGCGGGUUUUGUUCCGUUCUUGCUGCCUAUCACCUCUUCGCAGAGCGGUACGAUUGAGCAUCCUCGUGCGUCAAAGAUGGUCGCAUUGUGCAGCGUUGCAUCAGGAAUUGGGGACAAUAGACAUAGACCGAGGUCCGAGGAUGGCGUUCCGGGAGAGGUCCAGCUUGCUCAGCGCUCAGCGUCCAGCACGCGCAGAGCGCGCUCGGGUGUCGCCGGCCCGUGUCGAGUGCGCGGCGGCGUCGAGCAAGCGUCGAGCGUGUCUUCUAAGUGCUGGGUGACUAGCGGGACAUUUAAGGGAGCGGGAGAAAUAUUCAGUUCCUUGAACUUAUGA